ACCCCUUAAAAGCCCUUCCUCUGAGCACAGUGACCCAUUAAACCCAAACCCUGUUUGGAGUCCGCUCUCGGUUCCCUCUCAGCCGCCAACGACUAACUUCGCCGGCGAUCUCACCUCUGAUUUCCGGAGUUGUCAAACUACUUCAACCAUGAGGAAAAAGAAACACGGCGGGUUCCGAAGGCCUUUUGUGGUGAAGACCAACACUAACACGAAGCAGCAGCCCCAUCUGGCUAGUGUGGACCCUAUCACUGGCAAGAAGAUCCCUAAAAGCUUCGUCUUUUCGAGAGGGAAGAUUCCUGGUCCUCUCAAACAGCUUCAGAUGGACCUCAGGAAGUUGAUGCUUCCGUACACUGCUCUCAGCCUUAAGGAAAAGAGACGGAACAAUCUAAAGGAUUUUCUGAAUGUUGCUGGACCUAUGGGUGUCACGCAUUUCCUCAUAUUGUCAAAAACUGCAACUGCGGCUUACCUGAGAGUUGCGACAACCCCACAGGGACCCACUCUUACGUUUAAGAUAAAUGAAUACUCAUUGGCAGCUGAUGUUGCUAAAUCUCAGUUGCAUCCCCGAUGCCCAAAAGAUCUUUUUACGAAGUCUGCUUUGAUUGUACUUUCUGGAUUUGUGAGUGGAGAUCUACCUCUAAAGCUUACAACUAACAUGUUUCAGAAUAUAUUUCCAACAAUUGAUGUUAAAACAGUUAAGCUCUCUUCUUGCCAAAGGAUCGUGUUGCUUAAUUACAACAAAGACACUAAGCAAAUUGAUUUUCGGCAUUAUUCAAUAAGAUUACAACCAAUAGGUGUUUCACGCAGAAUAAGAAAAUUUGUGCAGAACCAUCAGGUGCCAGAUCUAAGGAAUCUUCAAGAUGUGAGUGAUUUCGUGACAAAAGCUGGCUAUGGAUCAGAAAGUGAAGCAGAUGAAGAAGCUGCAACUGUAACUUUGUCUAGCGAUAUUGGUAGAGUUAACCGUGCUUCGAUGAAAAGUGCUGUCAAGCUUCAAGAAAUUGGUCCCAGGAUGACUCUUCAACUAGUUAAAGUUGAAAAGGGACUUUGUUCAGGAGAAGUCCUUUUCAGCGAAUAUGGGAAACCUGGUGACAAAGGAAAACAUGAUGAUGAAGAUAAUGAGAUGCAGGACAAUGAAGAUGAAGAUGAUUCAGAAGGUAGUGAAGAUCAAGAUGGCAAUGGUUCUGAAGUUGAUGAAGAUGAAGGCCAUGAAGAACUUGAUUGAGGGAAAUGGUGGUAUUCAGUUUUAGUGUUCUGAAAGUUAUGAAUGAAUUAAUUAAUGGUGGUAUUCAGUUAGAAAGUUGCCACCAGAAAUUUUUCAUUAGCCAUUCUAGUGGCCUCGUAUAAAUUUUGUUUGGGUUAUAUAUAAAUUUUGUUUGAAGAAGUUAAGUUUAUAUAUAUUUAGAGUAACAAAAACCGGUUUUAACUCUUCUCGUGUU